CUCAUUCUCUCUCUGUCUUCUCAUCUCUUCCACUUCAACAACUCUCUCUCUCUUGUUAUCAUGGCUCGCUUUGUACCCGUCUUGGCUACGUCUUUCCUUGCUCUCCUGCUCCUGGCUGAGUUUGGCUUAGCACUAGAACCACAAGGGGUGAUUGAGGGCUCCCUCACCAAAGGCACCAUGGAUUGUGGAAAAGCAUGCUCCGGCAGGUGCAGAUUAUCAUCGAGGCCUCACCUUUGCAAGAGGGCUUGCGGCACGUGCUGUGCGAGGUGUAAUUGUGUGCCCCAAGGGACUUCUGGCAACCAAAAAGUGUGCCCAUGUUAUUAUAACAUGAAGACUCAUGGGAACAAACGCAAGUGCCCUUAAAUAUAUGAGCACUAUGCUCCCUAUCUCUUCAAUCUCUCCCUUCUGUCUUCUUGGGCAAGCUCAAUGCUUUUGACCUGCUUUAUAUUUCCUUGUAAAUCUCUUUCUUCUUUCCCACAUGAUCAGCUGAUGCCUUUGAGUUGAGCUCUA